AUGCUGAUAUUGAAUCUUUUCUCAUUCAUCGGCUUAUUCUACACUAUUGUUAGUGCCGAGAAUAAUAUAUACUUACAAAAUGGUGUGAAUGGUGUUGAUGAAUUGGAUUUCAAAUUCACCACUGGCCAAGUUCCUGAUGUUAUGGAUUUCUGGAAUGAUUAUUUCGGUGCGCCAUUACCUACGUUGACAAACGACGGUGCAGAUUUUGUAUUUGAUCAAGACGAAAAUGCUCAAAGAUACCUUAAUAGUUCCUUCCCAGUUUUACAUGGAACGACCAUAUUCGAUUUCGAAUACUUUAAUAAUUAUGCGCAAUUGAUGGUUCGUAUGGAAUGUCCAGAUUUCGAUCAACAGCACAUUUGGAAUUUUGUUGUGGUGCCUCAGUUUACGGUGGUUAAAGGUGGUGUCACUUUCUCUGGCGCAAUAGCAGAUCCAGAAACUGGAUUUCUCACUGCCCUUGACAUUCCUUCGACGGCAAUGCUGCUUCCUUAUGGCUUUAGUGCGCUACAAGUACAAACUAUUCAAACCAGUAAUCUGCUUGAGUUUGUGGUAAAUGGACAAUCCAUUUACAAAAAUACCGCAAAUUUCUAUGAAUGUUCUUCUGGAGAUCCUCACCUAACAUUAAUUGCGGGUCUUCCAAAUUUUUGGAGCUAUAACUGUACUGAAGUCGACCCCGAUAAUAAAAUUUGUGUGAAUGGACAACUUCCAAAUAAUUCAGCUCCAGUUAUCCUUAAACGUAUUAGAGUUAAAGACAGCAUCAUUCCGUUUUGCUAUAUGGGUGACAGUGAGGACUCUAUGAAAUUUUACCAUGGGGAAGCUACCUCAUCAUGUACUUUACCUACCACUACCAGUUCUUCAACUUCCACCAUCACCACAGUUACUCCAACUAGCUCAUCCAAAAACACCUCCACUACUAGUACAGCUAUACAAACUUCUUCAUCCAGCUCAACUUCGUCAUCUACAACAAUUAUUCCGACGCCUUCAUCCAAUUCAUCGACAACCUUUAGUACUAUUACACCAACACUGUCUUUCAACUCAACCUCGUCAUCAAUAUCGAUUUCCCCCACUCCUCUAUCUAAUUCUACGUCGCUUUCUACGACAAUUUGGCCUUCCACUGUACCUUUUUCCACAGAUACAACUACUUGGCCAACAAUCAGACCUUCUACGGAACCAUUAACUGAGUCAACUAGUGGACCUUUCAUGAAACCAUCAACUUUGUCGACAGCUGGUAUUUCUACAGAAUCGAAAACUUCGCCAAAAGCCGAGCCAUCAAAUGGGCGUUCUGUCAGAUGCUCCAUUGGAUGUUCUACCGAAACAUCAAGCUUUACAACAAAUGGACCAUCAAGCUUUACAACAAAUGGACCAUCAAGUUCUCCGAAAAUUGAGCCAAAUACCGAUCCUUCAACUGAGUCAAUUACUUGGCCAACUACUGGGCCAACAAGUGAGCCUUCUGCUAAACCAUCUACAGAACCUCCUACUGGACCAUCAAGCUCUCCAACAACUGUACCAACUACCGAACCAACUGACUCAACAAUAACAAUAAAACCUACCGCCACAUCUACUUCAACCGUUCCAACAAUUGAUAGUUUUGGCGUAGGUACCUCCAUGAUUGCUGAUACUGCUUCAUUGGGUCUUGGGUUGUUGGCUGCUUGGAUCCUUGCAUUGGUAUAA